AUUGGUCUCGACGCUUCGGCAUCAGCGACUUUUCGUUCCAAAAGUGCCUUCAAUCCACUUCACCUUCACUAAAAUGAUCUCAAAAGACGACAUUUUAACAAUCUACAGUGAUUGUCGUGGAAUUUUGUUGUUGCAAGAUGAGGAAAAUCCGGAAAUGCUCGUAGAUACUCUCGUUGCUGAUUAUCUGGAUUUGUCCGACAUCAACCUCAAGAAAAUCGCCACCGAAGUUGGAUUUCGCGAUUGUGCCCGCUUCUUACGAGCAUCUGAGUACUUCCAUGUCUUCAAAAAGGGCGAACAGAUCCUUAUUCGGUUGGCGGAAACCAAAAAUGGCGAGGCGAAGAAAAAGACUCCUUUUGCCAAACACAAUGAAAAUUCGCUUCCAGUCACUCACAAAUCCAAAGAACUUCCAAAAGAGACGCCUUCGAUCGACGUGGAAGAACAAAUGGACGUAGAUCCAACUCCCGCCGAGAUAGCAAAUGACCAAAAUAACAACAACAAGGCUUCCAAUUCCAAGCCGACGGACGUAAUUAUCAUAGACGACGAAGAGCAAGCGGUUGUACCGCAAUUUGUUGUACAAAUUUCCGAUGAUCCGCGUUACGAAAAGGCCUUGCAGGAACACGAACGAGUUGCCACGAAGCAUCCAAAGGACCUUGAGAUGAAAGAUUUGCGCUAUUUGAUCAACGCUCGUAAAGCGUUGUACACAAAAUCCUGGAAGAACGACAUGUUUAUGAAACUUUAUCCGGAGGAAGUUGAGAAUCAGGAGAAAUUGCUGGCAGAAAAAUAUCGCCAAAGCAUGAUUCGAAGCUAUGAGCUCCAAAAGUAAUCUUUGAAGACACUUACUUUAACAAAUUACAUUCCGAAAUAAACUUCACGUACUAAAAAGAGUAAAACAAAACUUGAAAACUUUAAAUUAAAUCAAAAAAGGCUUCUUUUUCACAAAAUUUGCUU